UGAACCCCUACCCGGGUUGUCUUCUUGGACAGCUUCAUUCCACUUUCAAGUCCAGUUCUUCCCAAACAACAAUGGAGAAGCUCAAGUCCAUGGUUCUCAAAACCCUUCAGCUCCAGAUUGCUGAAACCACUCCCCAUGACCUUCCCUCUACCUGUUCUUCUCUCCUCCACUUCUUUCUUCAACAACCCAUGUUUCACCAAAUAGUUAGGGAUUUAACAGACCCAGAAACUUCUCUCUGUCGGAAGAACAAGGAGGCUGCUUUGGAAUCGAAGCGCAAGGGCAACGAGUGCUUCUCCAGAGGAGACUACUCGAAUGCUUUGAGUUUUUACUCCCAGGCAUUGCGUGUUGCUCCAACAAGUGCUAAUGACACCGAAAAAAAUCUUGUGGCCAUGCUAUAUGUGAAUCGAGCAUCUGUAUUGCAUAGAAUGGGUCUUCUGGUGGAGUGUGUACGAGAUUGCAAUCGGGCUCUUGUAAUUUGUUCGAGUUAUGCAAAGGCGUGGUAUAGAAGAGGCAAGGCAAAUGUUUCCUUGAAAAAUUAUGAAGAUGCAGUACGUGACUUACAUGUUGCCAUGAACAUGGAACCAUCUUUGACUGGAAGGAGGCAGAUAGAAAAUGAGCUAAAGUUAAUGUCAGACCCACAUGAGGGGACAAGCAGUUCACUGGAUAAACAUAAUGAGAACAAUCUGGGUCAUUUUCAGUCUUCUGUGACAGAUGAGCCGCAUCAAAUAAAACUGCAAUGUGUCUCUUCACCAACUAAAGGAAGGGGCAUGGUUUCUCUGACUGACAUUCCUCAGUCUUCUCUGAUUCAUGCUGAAGAACCCUAUGCUGCGAUCAUAUUGAAGUCAUGUCGGGAAACUCAUUGUCAUUUCUGCUUGAACGAACUACCAGCAGAUACAGUUCCAUGUCCAUCAUGUUCAAUACCAUUAUAUUGCUCUCAGCAAUGUCAAGAACAAGCUGGAGGAAAAAAUACAGGAAAAAACUCAAAAAAUUAUGACAUUCGCGAAACUUUAUCGGAUGAGCUUGAAAAAUACAUUGCAGAUAUUACUGUACCCUAUGUUUCUUCUCCAGACAUUCAACAUUUUGCUGAACAUAGACAUGAAUGUCAUGGUGUACAUUGGCCCUUAGUAUUGCCCUCUGAAAUAGUUCUAGCCGGUCGAAUCUUAGCGAAGUCUGUUGGGCAACAAAGACAUUGCAGCUAUGUUUCUAACAUUAUUGGAAAUUUGGAUCUUUCUCACAAUUAUGAACAGUUACCUCCAGACAGAAAAUUGGAGUUGCAUAUUCAUUCCAUCAUUUUGUUAUACUGUCUUCAGCACUAUUAUGGUUCCGAAUUUCAAAAAAAUGGAGAUACUAUUUCAAAGUUUGUUAUAUUACUGUCUCAAAUCAAGGUAAAUUCUAUGGCAAUUGUUCGUAUGAAAUUUCCUGAUGUAUAUUGCUCAAUGGAUCAGUCUGGAAAAUUUUCUCAAGCUGGAGGUGCUUUAACUAGUAAUUUGGAACAGGUUAGAGUAGGUCAAGCUGUUUAUUCAGCUGGCAGUCUGUUUAACCAUUCUUGCCAGCCAAACAUUCACGCAUAUUUCCUGUCUCGGACUCUCUAUAUUCGAGCCACAGAAUUUGUGGUGGCAGGGUGCCCACUAGAGCUGUCCUACGGUCCACAGGUUGGGCAGUGGGACUGUAAGCACCGCCAAGAAUUUCUGGAAGAUAAAUACUCAUUUAGAUGUUGGUGCAGAGGUUGCUCAGAGUUAAAUUUAUCUGACCUUGUGCUAAAUGCUUUUCGGUGUGUCAAACCAAAUUGUUUUGGUGUAGUCUUGGAUAGCUGUGUGGCCAAGUAUGAAAAACAGAAAAUCAACCACCUCGUUGUCCCUCCAAUUUGCAGUUCAGAGACUCAUGUACAGGUUGAAAAACCAAAAGAUGAUGACAUUGAUAAAGUGGCUGGCCUUGUGUUUGAACAAACCGGAUGCAGCAAUCAAAUUGAACCUGGAUAUUGUUUGAAUUGUGGUACUUAUCGCGAUCUGGAAGCUUUACAUGCAAUGGCCAAUAAAGCUGAGAUUUGUAUCAGAGGAUUGCAGGAUGCAAUAAUUGCUAAUGAAGUCGGACCUAAUACUCUCUCAGAUGCUUUGGUAUCGUUUGAUCUGCUCCGGUCAACAUUGCAUGCAUACAACAAGAACAUUGCAGAGGUGGAGGACAACCUUGCACAGGCAUUUUGUUUGUUUGGAGAGCUACAACUGGCAAUGGACCAUUGUGAGGCAUCAAUUGAGAUUCUUGAAAAGCUCUAUGGUCCCGACCACAUUGCUAUUGGAAAUGAAUUGGUUAAACUUUCAUCGAUUCAGCUAUCCCUGGGUGAUCAAAGUGCCAUGGACUGCUUAAAUCGGGUGGCUGUAAUUUUUUCACGAUACUAUGGAUCUCAUGCAAACACGAUAUUCCCGUAUCUGCAAGGCCUUGAGAGAGAAGCUCACAAGCUUGUUCAGUGAACAGGCCACUAUUCUUGCAGUUUAAUCCAGCAAAAACCGAGCUGCCUAUGUUGAGUGAGAGAUUGAAUCGUUCUCUUUAGCUGAUAGUAUGCUGGCGUUUUUUCAAGGUUUAAGCAGGAGGUGGAAGUAUAUUUUAUUAGAUUUAUCUUUUGGGUAGAUCUAGUAGUGUAGUUUUACUCAAUACUAUGUUUGGAUCUUGGAACUACAUUUUCCUUCUCAUUCUUUCCAUUUUCUUUUCCUUUCCCACAAAAAACCUGUGUUCCAAACAUAGCUUUUUUCACUACUUUUUCUUCUAGUUAUAAAUUACAUGCAUUUAGAUGUUGUUCCUUGAUGGAAUAUCUGAUCCCAACAUAGUGGCAACUGAGAAUGGGAAGACAAAUGAUAGCAGGAACUAAAGGAGGCCACCUAGAUGUGCAAUAUUGCACACUUCCUAUUUAUUAUUGAAUCGAAAGCAUGAGUUGGAUAUGGUAUCACAUAGUUGUGCAAAAGGGGCAGGGGCGAGUUUCUGGACUCGCAAUCCAUACCAAAGGGGCUGGGGCCAGUUUCUGAACCACACUCUUGCAAAAGGAGCCGGGGCCAGUUUCUAAACUCGCACUCCAUACCAAAGGGGUUGGGGCCAGUUUCGAACCACGCUCAUGCAAAAGGGGCUGGGACCAGUUUCUGAACUUGCACUCCAUACCAGCAAAGCGGAAAAAGAUGGUGAAUUGUCCUUUACCGGAAGUGCUCUGCUUUGUCAAAGUAACAUUGACAGUAGAGCACGAAUUUAAUGUUACACGUGUAGAUUUUGAAUUUGUCGGGAAAAAGAAAAAGAAAGGCAAAUUUGAAAAAUAAUAAUGAUAACAAUUUUGGGUAAA